AUGAGUGGAGCUGACACAGCAAACUCUCUAGUCUGGACACCUGUAACUCCUAAGCUUCUGCCAUGCUUUCUUGCUGAGAGGAAUAUAAUUUCUUUUAACAGCUGCAUUGCACAAUUUUAUGCAGUAUUUGGAACUACAGAAGCUAUCCUUCUGGAUGCUGUUAUGGCUUAUGAUCACUAUAUGGCCAGCUGUGAACCGCUGCACUAUUUGUCUGUUACGUCCCCUACAGUCUGUGUUCAGCUGGUAGCGGGCUUUUGCAUUGCUGAGACUCUGAAUGCCCUGGUGCACACUAGUGCUCUCUUCCAACUGUCUUUCUGUAGCCCAGAUGUUGUCAAUCAUUUCUAUUGUCAAAUCCCACCACUCCUGUUACUCUCAUGCUCUGACACUCCGAUCAAUGAGAUGGUAAUGGUAAUGAAUAUUGAUUUCAUCAUAACAUCUUCAGCCUUGGCCAUCUUUGUCUCUUAUACCUGCAUUCUGUUCACUAUCUGGAAUAUCCAUUCUGUGGAGGGCAGUUACAAAGCCUUCUCUGCCUGCACCUCUGACUUCAUGGCUGUUGCCUUCUAUGGCUCUGCUGCUUUCUUGUAUCUACAUGCCCUUUCCGAUUACUGAGAAGAUCAAUGGAAAACAGCCUCCAUCCUCUGCACUGUGGUGAUUGCCAUGCUAAACUCUUUCAUCUGCAGCCUGAAGAACAAGGAGAUGAAGAACAUCCUCAGAAGAGUGAUGAAGUUCCUCUCCUGAGUGUGUUUCCAUAGGCCUUUCCCUAACCAAACUGAAAUAGACAUUAAUUGUCACAGUGGAGGGAACAGAAGGAAUAUACUUGAUAGCUGA